UUGUUUUCAUUUUUUUAUUAUUAGAGUAGCUCAUUGGCUUCGGUACUACACCGUCAUACCGGCAUACUGAUCGAACCGGUACGGUCGCUUCUUGAAAUUUUGUUGAUUUCAAUUCCGACCCAUGCCGAGAAAAAGACGUGAGUGAAAAAGAGACAGCUCCUUUUAGUUGAGUGAUCGUGGUUUUUUAUAAAUAAAAUAAAUAAAAAUAAAUUCAUAUGGAUCUGUGAUAUCCAUGAUUAUUGUCAAACUUUGUCUACCACAAGUUGUUGUAGUUUUUUUUGGCUUAAAAUUUUUAUUUUAGUCAAAAUGAUUUAUUGAUAUAAAUUUAUGAGUAAAAGUGCAUGAAAAGAGUGCAAUUUAAUUAAUUGAAGUGACGUAAGAGAGUGACAAGUGUAUUUUGAUAACAACAAACUUUUCUGUCAAAUUGAAAGUGUUAAGAAAUUCAAUUGAGCUAAUCACCUGGAGGGGAAAGACUUUUGAGAAAAUGAAGUAAAGCAGCACCAACAUUUCAACACCCAAAAAGUUAGCAGAAUGCGCUGAAAGGAAAAUUCAAAAUUCAACACUUUAUUAGGAUAAUUUCUUGUAUCCAAUAUAUCAAAUUGGAUCUCCAUAAGGACGACGAAGGAAAAAAAAUAUUACAUUUUCAUCGACAAAAACCCCAACAAAAAGACGACCGACACCAAAAUGAAGUCCUGGCUUAAGAUAUCCAUGCUCCUUUGUAGCUUUGGCUUCCUUCGGGAGCUACGACCGUCCGAUUCUUUUGCCACAGAAUUUCUAUCGGGUGAAUGGCACGAAAUAACGUCCGAGCAAGUGAACAAGGAGUUAUAUCCUUUGGGGAUUUAUAUGAAUCUAGGAUGGUUGGUCAUUAUACUUCUAGUCACAGACAUGCUAAGAUACAAACCGAUAAUAAUCACUUCAGCAUGUGCGGGGAUAAUUCUAUGGAGCAUCCUUUUGUGGACCGAAUCACUUUGGGAAUUGCAGGUUGGACAAUUUUUCUAUGGACUUUAUAUGGCAAGUGAAGUUGCUUAUUACACAUAUAUUUAUGCAAAAGUCGACAAGGAUCAUUAUCAAAAAGUUACUGGAAAUACUCGGGCAGCAAUGUUGGCUGGCAAAUUUUUAGCUGGUGUUAUAGCACAAGUUUUACUUUCAGCCGAAGUUAUGAAUUAUAGAGAUUUAAAUUUUCUUAGUCUUGGAACUCAAAUAAUAUCCCUCUUCAUUGGCAUUGGGCUACCAUCAGUAAAGAAAAGUAUCUACUUUUACACUAGCAGUGAAAACUUGAAGCAACAAUCUGUGCAACACCAUAAUUCUCAGCAGCAGCAAAUACAACUUGAAUCGGCUUUAACCACAAAUUUACCAAAAGACCAACAACAACAACAACAACCGACAACAGCAGUCCAACCACAGCAGACAACAACGAAUGGAAUUGAGUUGAACACCUCGGGCCACAAAAUAAUUGCUACAAAUGAAAAUGAGAAACCAAAGUUUUCGUGGCAGAAUGCGACACGUUUAUUGGGAAUGCACGUUAUUAGCGCCUAUUCAAAGCCAGUCGUUGUGGAAUGGAGCAUUUGGUGGGCUUUGGCCACAUGCGGACAAUUGCAGGUUGUCUCAUACGUACAAUUCCUAUGGAAAGAGAUUGAUGACAACCAUCAAAGUGCUUAUAAUGGAGCCACUGACGCAAUUGCCACUCUACUUGGUGCGGUUGGAGCUCUUGCUGCCGGAUUUUUCAACAGUCAUCGCUAUCAAAGAUGGAAUUUGUGGAUUUUGACAAUUUGUUCCUUGUUCAUGGGUGGUCUCCUUCUAUGGGCUGCCACAACAAAUUUCGUGUGGGUGGCGUAUGUCAUUCACAUUGUCUUCUAUACAGUGUAUUUUUUCGUUGUGACAAAAGCAAGCGCCAUAGUUGCUGAAAACAUUGUCGAGGACAGUUUUGGAUUAAUAUUUGGCAUCAAUACGCUCGUAGCACUGGGAGCGCAGUCCAUUUUCACUUUGAUAGUAAUUACGGAGAGUGGUUUUAGUUUGCAGCCCCGAGGGCAGUUCCUAACAUUUGGUGGUUACUUUGUUGUUCUUUCAGCUUUAUAUUGUCUAGCUGGAAUAGUAAAAUACUUUAAAGGCAAUUCACAAUGAAUUAAGUAUAAAGUCAUGUUCAUUUCUUUUUUUGUAACUCUUGUUUUUUUUUUAUAAUUU